AUGCAGGAUACGAUGUUGCUGGGCUUGGAGGGAAUUAAGAAAACCAUUCUGCAUGGAGGGACCGGAGGCAUCCCAAAACUCACCACUGGUUCAAAGGUGACGUUCCACUUCCGCACCCAGUUGUGCGACGAUGAACGCACAGUGAUAGAUGACAGCAAAGUGGUGGGGACGCCCAUGGAGAUAGUGAUCGGCAACAUGUUCAAAAUGGACAUCUGGGAGACCCUGUUGUCCUCCUUGAGGAUCGGUGAGGUGGCUGAAUUCUGGUGUGACACCAUUCACACUGGCGUUUAUCCACUUGUGUCCAAGAGCAUGAGGCGCAUUGCAGAGGGCAAAGACCCAGUGGACUGGCACAUUCAUACAUGUGGUAUGGCCAACAUGUUCGCCUACCACAGCCUUGGCUACGACGACCUGGAUGAGCUGAUGAAGGAACCAAAACCCCUCUACUUUGUCCUGGAGCUGCUCAGGGUGCAGCAGCCCAGCGAGUACAACAGGGAGACGUGGGCUAUGAAUGACGAGGAGAGGCUGAAGGUGGUCCCUGUGCUGCACGGCCAGGGGAACAAGCUCUACAAACAAGGACAGUACGAAGAGGCCACACAAAAGUACAAGGAGGCCAUCAUCUGCAUCAAGAAUGUUCAGACGAAGGAGAAAUCAUGGGAAGUCCCGUGGAUGAAGCUGGAGAAGAUGGGCAACACCAUAACGCUCAACUACUGCCAGUGUCUACUGCGCAUGGAAGAAUACUACGAGGCCAUCGAGCACACCACCGACAUCAUCAACCAGCACCCAGGUGUAAUGAAGGCCUUCUUCCUGCGAGGGAAAGCACACGCGGAAGUGUGGAACGAGGCGGAGGCUCGGCAGGACUUCAGCAGGGUGCUGGACCUGGACCCCCGCAUGAAGAAGGCCGUCAAGAGGGAGCUGGGUGUGCUUAAUAUGCGCAUGGAGGAGAAGAACCAGGAGGACAAGAACAAGUACAGAGGCAUGUUUUGA